AUGGGUAACUACUCGAAAGCACUUGAAUUUUUUGAAAAAGCACGUCAAGUCUUCGAAAACACCCUGCCUCCGAAUCAUCUCGAUUUGGCUACUUCUUACGGCAACAUCGGUGGAAUCUAUUCUAGCAUGAGUGAAUAUUCAAAAGCGCUUGAAUUUUACGACAAAGCAUUGAAAAUAAUAGAAAAAGCUCUGCCUUCGGAUCAUCCUAAUUUGGCGACUUCCUACAGCAACGUCGGUUUGACGUAUAAAGAUAUGGGUGAUUAUCCGAAAGCACUUGAAUUUUGCGAAAAAGCACUGGAAAUAGAAGAAAAGGUUCUGCCUCCGAAUUAUUCCAGUUUGGCUAUGUCCUACAACGAUAUCGGUUUGAUGUAUAACAUGAAGGGUGACUACUCGAAAGCACUUGAGUUUUAUGAAAAGACACAUCAAAUAUUCGAAAAAGCUCUACCUCCGGAUCAUCCUGAUUUGGCUACUUCCUACAAUAACAUCGGUUCGGCAUAUAAAGAUUUGGGUGAUUAUUCAAAAGCAGUUGAAUUUUACGACAAAGCACUGCAAAUAGAAGAAAAAUUCCUGCCUCUGAAUCAUUCCGGUUUGGCCACUUCUCACACCAAUAUCGGUUUAACGCAUAACAUCAUGGGUGACUACUCGAAAGCACUUGAGUUUUAUGAAAAGGCGCAUGAAACUUUACAAAAAGUUCUGCCUUCUGAUCAUCCUGAUUUGGCUACUUCCUACAAUAACAUUGGUGUGGUGUAUAACAAAAUAGGUGACUACUCCAGAGCACUUGAAUUUUACAACAAAGCGCUUAAGAUAACAGAAGAAGCUCUGCUUCUGAAUCAUCCCUUAUUACCUGUUUUCUACAGCAAUAUCGGUCUAGUUUAUCACAACAUGGGUGACUACUCCGAAGCACUCAAGUUUUACGAAAAAGCACUGAAAAUAAGAGAAAAAGCUUUGCCUCAGAAUCAUCUUGAUUUGGCUGGUUGCUACCACAAUAUUGGUGCGGUGUAUCAUGACUUGGGUGAUUAUACAGCAGCGGUUGAUGCUCUUCAAAAAGCAUUUCAGGAAGGUGAUCCAACAUGGACCCUAACAUGUAGUUGUUUCGGAAGAGUUUAUCGCAGUAUGAAAGAUUAUUCAAAGGCACUUGAAUAUUUUGAACAAAGCCUCUUAAUAGGUCAAAAAACAUUACCUGAGAGACAUCCAGAUUUUGCUGUAACAUACAGUAAUAUUGGUGACGUUCAUCGAUCAGUGGGAGAAUAUGAAAGAUCACUUUCAUUUCAUCGAAAAGCAUUAGAUAUUCAAGAAAAUGUUCAAUGUAGUCCUCUGCAAUGCGCAACGACAUAUAUAAAUUUAGGUGAAACUUAUCGACAAAUACAAGAUUAUCCAACAGCAAUGACAUACUUUGAAAAAGGAUUAGAAAUUCGUGAAAAGAAACUUCCAAAAAAUCAUCCAGAUUUAGCUGUAACUUAUCACAAUAUAGCAAAAUUGUAUUUGGCUACUCAACAAUAUAGUAUGGCAAUGAAAAAUAUUCAAGAAGCGAUAGAAAUUGCUCAAGAAAAAUUGCCUUCAAAUCAUCCUCAUCUAUUAGACUAUAAAGAAACACUUGCAGAAAUUCAAAAGAAACCAUAA